GCUGAUAUAAAACAACAAACCCUUGUAUUUUUUUUGUUGUUAUUGGUAACGAAGCGUUACGUAUUUGUUUGUGCUAUUUUCUCUCAGAAACAUUUUGCAAUUCAUUUCUGUUUUACAGGGAACACUGUUCAUGUUAUAUUCAAUGCAAUAUUGAAAUUAUCGGACAGGGAUAAAAUGUAUCACUCCAGUUCGGUUUCGGCAAUUUUCAUUCUAUGUUUAACACUAUUGUCUGCCGCGGAGACCCAAUUGACUAUGGAAUUUAUUUUUGAUGUCCUGUCGCGCAGCUUGGAUAACUUAACAUUUGAAAUACACGCCUUCAGAAUGGACUCCCAGAAGCGUAUGGAAGAAAUGACCAAUCAAAUAAAAGACAAUACUCCAUUAAAAAAAACCUUUAUCAUCACAAGCCCUCGACCAAGAACAAACAAAAAGUCAGGUCAACCAAGAAAUUGAGGAACAAGCCAAUAUCAUUCAAAGAAUGCUAUCAGCCGAGAAGAAAGCCAUUGGUGAUGUGAAGAAGUACUUUAGUGAUUUCAGUCGUAUUGAAAAUCGCAUUCAUUCAAUCAAUCAGUCAUGUGAAGAUAUCAGAAUGGGUUUGGAAGAGUUUGAAGUGGCUAUGAGUAAUAACAUACGGGGUUUAAAGAUGAAACUAUAUUCCGUAAAGAAAUAUGCCACCAAAGGUGAAAAAGGAGAGCCAGGUAAAGCCGGCUUAAAAGGACAAACAGGCGAAAGAGGACUGCAAGGUGAGUCAGGCCUGAAUGGGCUCCCAGGUGAAAGUGGAAGGCGUGGUAGAAAAGGACCGAAGGGUGAUAAAGGAUAUCCAGGUGAACCAGGAAUUGAUGGACUUCCAGGCAUACAUGGAGAGACUGGCCAACCUGGCUUAGAUGGACUACCAGGUACAAAAGGGCAGAUGGGUAGAUUAGGACCGAAGGGCGAUAAAGGAGAUCGAGGUCUUCCAGGAAUUGAUGGAAAUCCUGGUGUACCUGGAGAGUCUGGCAUGCCUGGCCUGGUUGGUCUUCCAGGUGAGCCUGGAGAGCCUGGCACAAAAGGGCCAAAGGGAGGUAAAGGUGAUCGAGGCUUACCAGGGAUUGAUGGACCUUCUGGAAAACCAGGAGAGUCUGGCUAUCCUGGCUUAGAUGGACUACCAGGUAUUAAAGGACAGAUGGGUCCAUUUGGACCGAAGGGCGACAAAGGAGAUCGAGGUCUUCCAGGAAUUGAUGGAAAUCCUGGUGAACCUGGAGAGUCUGGCUUGCCUGGACUGACAGGGCUUCCAGGUAUAAAAGGACUAAGGGGUCCAGUAGGACCGAAAGGCGAUAAAGGAGAUAAAGGUCUCCAAGGAAUUGAUGGGCAUCCUGGAAGAUCAGGAAAGUCUCGUAUGGAAGAUAUGGAUACUAAAAUAAAAGACAAUAUACCGCUCCGAAAACCUGACUCUUCUGAAAUCUUAGACAAAGGGCAAAUACAAAGAGAAAUCAACCAAGAAAUGGAGAAACAUGCCAAUGUUAUUCAUAGAAUGUUAUCAGCCGAGAAGAAAGCCAUGUACGAUAUGAGGGUGCUAUUCAGUAACCAGUGGAAAAACGUCAGUCUCAAUGAACAUCGAAUUCUUUCCAUCAACAAAUCAUGUGCAGAUUUAAGAACGGAUUUUGAUAGUUUUGAAGACGCUAUCAACACUAAAGUAGGAGAGUUAAGUAUGAAACUAGAUUCCGUGGAAAAAUAUACAAUCAAAGUUGAGAAAGGUGAACCAGGUCAGAGUGGUUCAGAUAGAUAUGCAGGCAUAAGAGGACCACCAGGCAUACCUGGCAGAGAUGGGUUAGCUGGGCCUCCAGGGCCGACGGGCAAUACAGGGCCGAAGGGCGAAAAAGGACAAAGUGGAUAUGUGGGUGAACCUGGCAGAGAUGGGCUUCCAGGUUUAAAAGGGCCACAAGGCAAUACAGGACCAAAGGGUGAUAAAGGAGAUGAAGGUCCAGCGCACAAACUCUCACAGACUCCCUUGUCUGGUAGAAAUUAUGUGGUUGGCCCACCAGGGGUUCCAGGAACUCCCGGUAUAAAGGGAGAGCAUGGAGAUCCCGGAUUGCAAGGCUUACCUGGAUUUGAUGGGUUAGAUGGGUCUCCAGGUGUAAAGGGAGAGCGUGGCUUAAAAGGGCGGACGGGUAAUACAGGUUCGAAGGGCGAUAAAGGACAAAGAGAAUUUGUGGGUGAACCUGGCAGAGAUGGGCUUCCAGGCUUAAAAGGGCCACAAGGCAAUACAGGACCAAAGGGUGAUCAAGGUGAUGAAGGUCCAGCGCACAAACUCUCACAGACUGUAAGUGAGAAUUAUGAUUUCAAGUGUUUUGUGAAAUAUAAAGCUAAACUAGACCUGCCUAUUCUGAUUGAUAGAAUCCAUUAUGCAUCUAUAUUUUACCUUUAA